AUGACAUCUCCAUUCCCAGUUUCCUCCUCUGCUCCUGGAGAGGGCCGAAUUGUGGUGCAACUACUUCCUCACGGCAUAUCAGCGCUCUCAGCAAUCACAUUUCAGUACCCAUUGAAGCUCAUAUCUCCAUCACCAGCUGCCGGUCAGAAGAGCAUCCUGGUAUUCCUGCUCACUUACGGAGGUGGACUUGUUGGCGGCGAUCAGGUCCAUCUCACCAUUGACGUUAAACCAGAAGCAAAGCUCAGCAUUGUUACUCAAGGCCAUACCAAGAUCUUCAAGUCUCCAUCCAGAGAUGUCAUUACCCGGCAAAGACUCCACGUGACUCUCCAGGAUAAUGCUGCAUUAUGCCUCCUCCCUGAUCCAGUCCAGCCCUUUAAAGGAAGUGUAUAUGAACAGUCACAGAAGUUUACACUUGCAGACACUGCGUCUCUUUGUCUCCUAGACUGGGUAUCUGCAGGCCGCAGAGCAAGAGGGGAAGACUGGGACCUUCUUGCCUGGCGUGGGCGGAACGAGGUGUGGGCAGCUGCAGAAUCUGGUGGAAAGCCCAGGCUCCUUCUGCGAGACAAUGUGAUAUUGGAAGGGGAUGCUGCAGAUUCCAAGGAGAAGGCAUUGAGAAACAAGAUGCAGCCGACGGGAAUAUUUGGCACGCUGGUACUGAAGGGUCCGCUGGUGGAAGGCUUGGCAGCAUUCAUCCUGGCAGAAUUCGCUGCGCUUCCCAGAAUUGGAGCUCGUGACUUCAGAUCUCAAGAUAAGAUGGACAAAGACAAUGGGCUUAUGCUAUCACCAGAAGAAAAUUGGAGGCAGGCACGUCUCAAGCAGGAGGAAGCAGACUCUGUAUUGUGGUCUGCCGCUAGAGUACGUGGCUGUACUGUGGUGAAAUUUGGGGCUCGCACCGUUGAGGGCGGGCGUCUAUGGAUCGGAAAUCUACUCAAACAGGAUGGCUCCAUUUCUCGACUCUUUGGAGAUGAUUCAACCAUGUGUGUUCGCUGA